AGUAGGAGCUGCUAGAAAAUGCACCCAUUAAUACACCCAUAUGCUUAUAAAGAUCGUAAAAUCUUGAUAAGGAGAAGACCCCAUAAGCACAAAUUCGUCAAGAGAAAGCAUUUCGCAAGCCGUCAACUCAUUCCAGACAGUUUAGCAUAAAUUUCGAAUUCAGAACCCACCAGCAAACGAGUUUUUUAGUCCCAGCCAACCACUGAAUGGGAUAUUAAUUGUGUAAUCUAUAAAAAUCCAUUUACAUAUGUAUGGGCGAGAUUGGCAGCUGCCAACGAGCCCCGCGGGAGAUAUGAAGAUGGUCUCCGAAUUGGGUUAGUUGGUUUAGUGUCGGAAUGAGUUAGUGUCAUCAACAUAGCCACCUUUGGAAGUGAUCUGGGGCUUGGGACAAUGCCAUUACAAAUCAAUUUGGCUAAGACUCUGGCCAACCGUUCUGUGAACACAUAAAAACUAAUCUAACGAGCUGGUCAAAAAGACAAAAGCAGGGCCAUCGAGCUGUUGACCACUGAUUUCGCGAAUCGGAUGAGUUUCAGUUUCCCUUCGAUUGGGAACGGUAACGGACGCAUUCCAAAUAUAUUGUUAGUCCGAGGAACAUAUAGUGUUCAGCAAUGCAGUGGCAAUUGUUUACUGUCCUAGUGCUUUUUGUAGCAUGGAGUUAUCCUUCGCACGGAAUAAGGAAAUCCGCGCUCGAAAUUGAGCGACGCUUGCCGCAAAAGCAGGCAAAGAUUGGCUCUAGAAACUAUCCCAUCGAAUAUGUCCUGUUGCCGAGUGCUCGAGGUGGAUACAGAAGGCGCUAUAUUCAUAGUCUGGCUAAAGCAGCUCCUACAACAACUGAACGUCCUUUGGUUCGUGUUUGGAAUAGUUUUGUCCGCAGUGUUCAGCCCGCGUUCAGUUUCCGUAACCUGACGAAUCCGCUGGCCAACUUCUUUAACGAUGGCAGUGCGAACAUCAUCGAGACGUCGCCGGUUUAUCUACAGUCCUACGAUGAUAACCAGGAGAUGCAGCUUGAGGAACCAGUUCAAGUGGCCCCCCAGUCUUCCAAGAAACCCAAGCGGAAGCGCCGCAAGCAACAAAAACGCCGACCAGUCUACGACUCGGGGGAGAACGAUGAUGCCUACAGCCCUUACGAUCCCUACUUCGCGCCACCUUCUCCGCCACAGUCCGCCGAGCCAAUGUUCUUUUACGAUACCAAUUCAGGUAGCUACUACGGAGUACAGCGCUUUAGUCCGCAGGAUUUCCAAACUAAUUUCUACGGCAACUUUAAUAUCCCGCCAAGGGAGGCAGAGGAGGUGGAUAGCGAACCUGAGCAAGAGGCGCCCGUAGUGAGAAGACUCGGAACCAGAAAAGUGACUCUACUGCGACCACUGCCUGUAUUGUCGGCCAAGGGCCAAUCAUCAACGAAGCUAGUAGAAAUCCGCAAACCGGAGCCUUCCGAUGAUAAUGAAGAAACCGCUGAGGAAACAGACAGCAGCGCACUGAGCGAUGCACCGAUUAGCGAUGACGACGAUGGUGAUAUCGAAGCCCAAUCAGCGCUCUCCGAAAGCAUGCGCAAUACUCUCGGCACGUACAUGCGCGACGAUAGCCACACCCGACAGCGCCAGAGGCUUGCUAGCGAUGCAGCGCCAGUCGCAGUUUCCGACGCCAAAGUUUCGCCACGCCAUCAUCAACGACACCUGACACUGCUGGGCGACUGGUAAUACAUGUUA